AUGCUGGCCAACGAGAAGAACAUUGACGAGGUGCUUACGGAGCUGCGCGAGUACGCGACCGAGAUUGACGUGCACUUUGUGCGCAAGGCGGUGCGGGCCAUCGGCAAGCUGGCCAUCAAAAUUGAGCCGGCGGCGCGGCAGUGCAUCAACCUGCUGCUGGAGCUCGUAUCAACCAAGGUGACGUACAUCGUGCAGGAGGCGACGGUAGUGAUCCGUAACAUUUUCCGCAAGUACCCGAACCAGUACGAGUCGAUCAUUGGCACCCUAUGCGAGCACCUCGACUCGCUCGACGAGCCUGAGGCCAAGGCGGCCAUGGUAUGGGUCAUUGGGCAGUACGCCGACAGGAUCGAGAACAGCGAAGCGCUGCUUGAGGAUUUCCUCGACUCGUUCGCCGAAGAGCCGGUCGAGGUGCAGCUGGCGCUGCUGACGGCGACGGUUAAGCUGUUCAUCCAGCGGCCGACCAAGGGCCAGGAGCUCGUGCCGCGGGUGCUCAAGUGGGCGACGGAGGAGACGGACAACCCGGACCUGCGCGAUCGGGCCUACAUGUACUGGCGGCUGCUGUCGACAGAUAUGGCGGCGGCCAAAACGAUUGUCAUGAGCGAGAAGCCGCCCAUCACGGCCGAGUCGGAGCGCCUCGACCCGGCCACGCUCGAGGAGAUGUGCCUCAAUGUCGGCACGCUGGCGACCGUCUACCUCAAGCCCGUGCAGACUGUGUUCCGGUCGGCGCGCGCCCGCAAGCUGCUCGACUCGCCGGCGCUGCAGAAGCAGUACUCGCGACGGCUGAGAAGCAGAAGAGCCUCAGCCAACUCGGCCUCGGCGUCAGCCGGCCGACAUUGA